UCGCAAAGCGUGAAAAAGAAAACGAAAAAAAGAAAAAUUAAUCCCCAAAUUGAAGUAAUUUUUUUUUUUUGCAAACCCCAACCCCAAAAAAUUAAUUCGAUUCGCCCCUUCUCUUCUUUUCCCCCUUUCUGUUCUCGAUCUCUUUUUCUCAUCUAGCUCUCUUUUCUCUUUGUAUCGUACGUUCUUGUCAAUUUCCCCUCGCACGUGCGAUUCAGGCGGUGUUUCGCUGACUCCUGUCGCUUUUCCUUUUUUGUUUUCCGAUCGUCGUUGUCGUCGUUGUCUUCGCGAUUCUCGGUCUUACUAUCGCAAUUCUCGAAGCUCCGAUCGCAGCUGCUCUUGCUUCUGUUUUCAAUUUGCAUUUUUCAUCAGGGUGCAUAAAAUACAGAAAUGCCAUAAAGUGAUGCUUUUGAAGUGACAAUUAAAGGAGGGGAAAAAGAAGGAAGCAUGAGUGGUGGUGGAUGGUGCGAUUGUAAGGCGAGAGUGUGGAAUAAGUUAUGCGGUUUUUUCUAGUUGUGGUCCUUACUAAGACAAGGCGAAAACGAAGAAGGAAUAGGGAUAGAAAUGAAUGUGCAGGCACAUACGUCAGGACAGAUAUCCGGACAGGUAUCUGAUCAAGGGGGAUUGCCCCAGCAAAAUGGGAACCCUCUUCAGCCUGCCCAGAUGCAGAAUUUAGGCAUUACUGGAAGUGUGAGUGCUGCUGGCAUUGUUGGUGCUGGAGGUCCUCCGCAUAAUACAUUGAAUAUGGACCCUGACCUCAUCAGAACACGUGAAUAUAUGCGAGGAAAGAUUGUUGAUGUUUUGAAAGUGCGGCACCAGCAUCCUAUAACUGAGGCAUCAAUGAACAAGUUUCGGGAUUUUGCAAAACGGUUGGAAGCAGGUUUAUUUAAGAUCGCUCAAACAAAGGAGGACUAUACAAAUUUGAGUACUUUAGAGCACCGUUUACAAACUCUAAUUAAGGGGACCAGAAAUGUGCCCAACCAAAGACCACAGCUUGUUAAUUCGGCAUCAGCUCCAGUUGGUACAAUGAUACCGACCCCUGGUAUGUCUCACAGUGCCAAUCCUAGCAUCAUGGUUACAUCUUCUAUAGAUACAUCUAUGAGUGCUGCCAAUGCAAGUAUAGCUUCUAUAAAUGUCAAUACAGGAAGCUUGUUGCCUACUGGUGGCAUGCAUAGUGGUUCUUUUGGUAGAUCUGAAGGAAAUAUAUCUAAUGGGUAUCAACAGUCACCUGCAAAUUUUCCUAUUGCUUCUGGUGGAAUGUCAUCAAUUGGUGUGCAAAGAAUGACAAGCCAAAUGAUUCCCACUCCUGGAUUUAAUAGUAGUAACAAUAACAGCAGCACUAAUAAUCAGUCUUACAUGAACAAUCAGUCUAAUGGUAGUGGGCUUCCAACAGUUGAAUCAAAAAUGGUUUUGCAGCCACAGCAGCAAAAGCUACACAGUGGUCAAAACAGUCGUAUUUUGCACACACUUGGCAGCCAACUGGGUAGUGGCAUCAGGUCUGGCUUCCAGCAGAAAACUUUUGGGUUUUCGAAUGGGUCCCUAAAUGGUGCACUGGGGAUGAUGGGCAACAAUAUGCAAAUUGUUAAUGAACCAGGGACUUCUGGGGGAUAUCAGACUUCCACACCUUUUACUAAUUCGCCAAAACCUUUGCAACAACACUUGGAUCAGCAUCAGAGACCCCUGAUGCAAGGUGAUGGUUAUGGAAUGAAUCAUGCUGAUUCUUUUGGGUCUGGAAACUUGUAUGGUGCUGUAACAUCAGUUGGAUCAGUGACAAACACUCAGAAUUUGAAUCCAGUUAAUUUGCAGUCUAUUUCCAGAACAAAUUCUUCUUUGAUAAGUAACCAGUCAAAUUUACAUGGCAUACAAUCGGCCACCCAUUUCCAACCUCCAGUUUCUUCGAUAGACAAUAUCCUUCAAACUAAUCAACAGCAACAAUUUCAGCAGCAGCCUCUUCAGUUGCAACAACAGCAAUGCCAACAGAAGCAGCAAAAUCUGCAGCAUCACUAUUUGCUUAGCAAUAGUGGUUAUAGUCAGUCUCAGCUGGCAUCUGAUAUGGGCAGUCAAGUUAAGCGUGAACCUGGAGUGGAACACCAUGACGAGUUUCUACAUCAACAAGCUCCUGAACAAUUUCAGCUUCCUGAAUUGCAGAAUCAGUUCCAGCAGAAUCAUGCUGAAGAACUCUGUAGUCGGCAGGAUAUGCGUUCAUCGUUGCCACAAAAUUCUCAACAAAUGCAACAGAUAUUGCAUCAAAACCAAUUGAUUCCAGAAUCUCAAAAUGAUUGUAAACUUUCGGCCAGAGCACAGCCGGAAUCAGUUGUGCAGAACCAGUGGCACCUUCACUCACAUGAUGGGGCUCAAAUGCCAGGGAACAUGUCACAUGAGCAGCAUGUCCAAGAGGAUUUCCGCCAGAGAAUAUCCGGGCAGGAUGAAGCUCAAUGUAACAAUUUAUCUGCAGAUGGAUCUACCAUCAGUCCAAUGGUUGUUCCUAGAAGCUCAACAGAUCCUGCAAAUUCGAGGGGUGCCAUCUCUAGAUCUGGAAAUGGGAACCAUGAUCGGCAGUUCAGAAAUCAAGUGAGGUGGCUUUUGCUUCUGCGCCAUGCUCGUAGAUGUAAAGCCCUUGAGGGUAAGUGUGACAGCUAUUGCUUUACUGUGAGAAAGUUGUUGAGUCAUAUGGAUGUAUGCGAAUCAUCUAGAUGCUCAUAUCCUCGUUGCCAUCACUCCAAGAUAUUGAUUCGUCAUCACAAGACUUGUGCAAAUAAAGCAUGCCCUGUUUGUGUUCCUGUUAACAAAUAUGUACAGGCUCAGAUGGCACGUGCCUGUCUAAACUCUACUUCUGUUUUGCCAUCUUCGGAUAGUGGAUCUACUAAAACAUAUGAAGCUGGAGACAUUUCAGCUAGAAUGACAUCUACAACUGCAUCAAUUGAUACUUCUGUAGACAUACAGCCCUCACUAAAACGCAUGAAGAUAGAGCAGUCUUCUCACUCUGUUAUUGCUGAAAGAGAAGGUCCUGUAGUAUCAGGUUCUGUUGUUGCUGAACUUCACAUAACUCAGGAUAUCCAGCACCAAGAUUACCAACAUGGUGACAGGCCUAUGCCAGUCAAAUCUGAGCCAUUGGAAGUGGAGACAGAAGUCUCCAUGAGUUCUGCUAAAGGUAGUCCUGUUAUUAUUGAGGUGAAGGAUGCUGUAGAUGACAUUAGUAAACAGAAGACUGAUGGUGAGCCCAUUACAUGUGAUGAAUUUCAUGUCAUACCUAAGCAAGAAAAUACUAAGAUUGAGGAGCUUGGCUCAGUUAAACAAGAAAAUGCGACACAGUCUUCUGAAAGUGCAGCUGGAACUAAGUCUGGGAAACCGAAAAUAAAGGGGGUGUCACUGACCGAACUAUUCACCCCUGAGCAAGUUAGGGAGCAUAUUACAGGUCUCAGACAAUGGGUUGGCCAGACUAAAGCAAAGGCUGAAAAGAAUCAAGCAAUGGAGCACUCAAUGAGUGAGAACUCCUGUCAGUUAUGUGCAGUUGAGAAACUUACUUUUGAACCACCACCUAUUUAUUGCAGCCCUUGUGGUGCUCGCAUUAAGCGGAAUGCAAUGUACUACACAAUGGGAGCUGGCGAUACACGACAUUACUUUUGUAUUCCAUGCCAUAACGAGGCACGUGGAGAUAUCAUAGUUGUUGAUGGAACUGCCAUUCCAAAGGCAAGGCUUGAGAAGAAGAAGAAUGAUGAAGAGGCUGAAGAAUGGUGGGUUCAAUGUGACAAGUGUGAGGCUUGGCAGCAUCAAAUUUGUGCUUUAUUUAAUGGUAGAAGGAAUGAGGGUGGGCAAGCUGAAUAUACAUGCCCCAAUUGCUAUAUUGCUGAGGUUGAAAGAGGAGAGCGCAAGCCCUUACUUCAGAGUGCUGUACUUGGGGCCAAAGAUUUGCCAAAAACAAUCCUUAGUGACCACAUAGAGCAGCGAUUAUUUAGGAGACUGAAACAGGAAAGACAAGAGAGGGCAAGGGUUCAAGGGAAAAGUUAUGAUGAGGUUCCUGGUGCUGAGGCACUUGUAAUUAGAGUUGUUUCAUCAGUUGACAAAAAGCUGGAAGUGAAGCAGCGUUUUCUUGAAAUCUUUCAAGAAGAUAAUUAUCCACUUGAAUUUCCAUAUAAAUCAAAGGUAAUUUUAUUGUUUCAGAAGAUAGAAGGGGUAGAAGUAUGCUUGUUUGGCAUGUAUGUUCAAGAAUUUGGAUCAGAAUGUGCAUUCCCAAAUCAGCGCCGUGUUUAUCUGUCAUACCUAGAUUCGGUCAAAUAUUUCCGGCCUGAGGUUAAAGCAGUUACUGGAGAGGCUCUCCGUACAUUUGUUUACCAUGAAAUUCUUAUUGGAUACCUUGAAUAUUGCAAGAAGCGUGGUUUUACAAGUUGCUAUAUAUGGGCCUGCCCUCCACUAAAGGGUGAAGAUUAUAUCUUAUAUUGCCAUCCAGAAAUUCAGAAAACACCUAAAUCAGAUAAACUGCGAGAAUGGUAUUUGGCAAUGUUAAGGAAAGCUUCCAAGGAAAGCAUUGUAGUUGAUCUUACUAAUUUAUACGAUCAUUUCUUUGUAACUACUGGUGAAUGUAAGGCCAAGGUAACAGCUGCUAGGCUGCCAUAUUUUGAUGGUGAUUACUGGCCUGGGGCUGCUGAAGAUCUAAUUAAUCAGCUCCGCCAAGAAGAAGAUGGCAGAAAAUUGAAUAAAAAAGGAACAACCAAAAAGACCAUAACAAAAAGGGCUUUAAAAGCAUCAGGCCAGUCUGAUCUCUCUGCUAACGCAUCAAAAGAUCUGUUACUGAUGCAUAAACUUGGUGAGACUAUUUGCCCAAUGAAGGAGGAUUUUAUCAUGGUUCACUUGCAGCAUUGUUGCACUCAUUGUUGUAUUCUAAUGGUAUCCGGAAACCACUGGGUCUGCAACCAGUGCAAGAACUUUCAGAUUUGUGAUAAGUGCUAUGAAACAGAGCAGAAACGUGAAGAAAGAGAGAGACAUCCCAUCAAUCUGAGGGAAAAACAUGUUCUCUAUCCAGUUGAAAUUACUGAUGUACCUAGUGAUACAAAGGAUAAAGAUGAAAUUCUUGAGAGUGAAUUCUUUGAUACUAGGCAGGCAUUUUUGAGUCUUUGUCAAGGGAAUCAUUAUCAGUAUGAUACCCUAAGGCGGGCUAAACAUUCCUCAAUGAUGGUCCUCUACCAUCUUCACAAUCCAACUGCUCCUGCAUUUGUCACUACCUGUAACAUAUGUUAUCUGGACAUUGAAACUGGUCAAGGUUGGCGCUGUGAAGUUUGCCCUGAUUAUGAUGUGUGCAAUGCCUGUUACCAAAAGGAUGGGGGCAUUGAUCAUCCUCAUAAGUUAACAAAUCAUCCUUCCAUAGCUGAACGUGAUGCACAGAAUAAAGAGGCUAGGCAAUUAAGGGUUCUGCAGCUGAGGAAAAUGCUUGACCUUUUGGUGCAUGCAUCACAAUGUCGUUCUGCGCAUUGCCAAUACCCUAAUUGUCGGAAAGUGAAAGGGCUUUUCCGCCAUGGAAUACAAUGCAAAACACGUGCUUCUGGUGGUUGUGUACUUUGUAAGAAAAUGUGGUAUCUACUGCAACUUCAUGCACGGGCAUGCAAAGAAUCUGAAUGCCAUGUACCACGUUGCAGAGAUCUUAAGGAACAUUUGAGGAGGCUUCAACAGCAGUCUGAUUCGCGGCGUAGAGCUGCUGUGAUGGAGAUGAUGAGACAGAGAGCUGCAGAGGUUGCUGGUAAUUCUGGGUAAAACCAAAUUGUAAAUAUGGAUUUGGAUAUUUUGAUAAAAUAGUUUUUUGUGCUGCUCCACUGGUUCACUGCUUGGAACUAGGCAGUGAUGGGGAAAACCGGCGGAUCUAGGUCAGAAAGGGGGGGGGGGGGGGGAUAGGCAUACAAUACUAGAAACAGAUUGAUUAGUGAUGGCUUGUUAGGGAACAAUUCUUUCAUUCGUAAACCCGUGACUGAAUUCCCUACAAAGAAAGCUAAUGAAGUUUUUACGAGAUGUGCCAACUUUCGGAGUUGAAGUAGUGAUGUGAGUCAGUGGCCUGAUUUGGUGAUUCUUUAAUUUUUUAUCUUGUAUUCUGUGGAAUGCCAGCCAUGCCAUCCCUUUGGCGGCGAGUGUACUAUAAUUGUUCUAAUCUGUCUUUAAAUUGCGUUCUUCCAGAGGAAUGUGGGAGGGAGGGAGGGAGGAAGGUUAGUUUCAAAAUCUUUUGUUGCCCCCCACCCCCUUGUCUUUUUGUUUCAUAUGUUUUCCUCAUUUUGUAGAAUGGCUUCUUAUUUAAAAUAAGUAGAAAGGAUUGUAGAAGUGCAGCCAAUUCAUU